GCAAUGAAUUCYGAACAUCAGUAUGUGCAGCUCAGUGAUGGCUACUUCAUUCCUAGGCUGGGCUUUGGCACCUAUAAACUGGAAGAGGUUCCUAAUAGUAAGACAAUAGAGGCCACCAAAAUAGCUAUAGAAGCUGGGUUCUGCCAUAUUGAUUGUGCUUAUGUAUAUCAAGUAGAAGAGGAGGUAGGACUGGCCAUUAGAAGCAAGAUUGCAGAUGGCACUGUGAAGAGAGAAGACAUAUUCUAUACUUCAAAGUUAUGGUCCACUUUUCAUCAUCCCAAUCUGGUCCAAUCUUGUUUGGAACGAUCACUGAAAAAACUUCGUUUUGACUAUGUUGACCUCUACCUUAUUCAUUUCCCAAUAGCAAUGAAGCAAGGAGAAGAGCUUUAUCCAAAAGAUGAAAAUGGAAAAAUAAUAUGUGACUCACUGGAUCUCUGUGCCACAUGGGAGGCCAUGGAGAAGUGCAAGGACGCAGGAUUGGCCAAGUCCAUCGGGGUGUCCAACUUUAACCGCAGGCAGCUGGAGAUGAUCCUGAAUAAACCGGGCCUCAAGUAUAAGCCUGUCUGCAACCAGGGCUUCAGCAUCUCUGUCUUUCCUUCCAGCGUUGAACCGAGCUCCCCAGUUCUCUUGGAUGAUCCAGUUCUUGGUGCCUUGGCAAAAAAGCACAWGCGAUCCCCAGCCCUGAUUGCCCUCCGCUACCAGCUGCAGCGUGGGGUUGUAGUUUUGGUCAAGAGUCUCAAUGAGAAGAGGAUCAAAGAGAACAUUCAGGUAUAG